GUGUUUUCUGAGCUCUGUGUAUCAUUGAAAAUUCAUGAGUCAGAGUUAGACGUCUUCUUUUUUCAUUUUUCAGUUCAGGCUAGCAAGCUUGAUUGCUUGAACCUUCAAGUGAGCAAUGGCUACCCACUGUGUUAAAUUCUCUGCAAGUUCAUUUCAUACUCAGCCUUCACCAGGAUCAAGCUCAAAAGUUGAGAAGAAAUGGCUUGGAUUUAUUACACUUGGUAGAAAGCCAAAUACUUUGAAGCUUUCGAAUGGCUGUAGAGCAAGAGCAGCUCUCAAUGCUAAUCCAGUACCAAUCGAAAUCCCUCGUCAGUGGUACAACCUGAUUGCAGAUCUGCCUAUCAAACCUCCUCCUCCAUUGCAUCCCAAGACUUUUGAACCUGUCAAACCUGAAGAUCUGUCCCCUUUAUUUCCUGAUGAGUUAAUUGAACAGGAGGCAAGUGAAGAGAGAUAUAUAGAUAUCCCCGAAGAAGUUCGUGAGAUAUACAAGCUUUGGCGUCCAACCCCUCUCAUUAGGGCCAAGAGGUUGGAGAAGCUUCUUGACACGCCGGCUAGAAUUUAUUACAAGUAUGAAGGUGGUAGCCCUGCGGGAUCACACAAGCCCAACAGUGCAGUUCCACAAGUGUAUUAUAAUGCAAAGCAAGGCAUCAAGAAGGUUGUGACAGAAACAGGAGCUGGACAAUGGGGAUGUUCUUUGGCUUUUGCAUCCAGCUUAUUCGGUCUCGAUUGUGAGGUAUGGCAAGUGCGUGCUUCGUAUGAUCAGAAACCAUAUCGUAAAUUGAUGAUGCAAACUUGGGGGGCAAAGGUACACCCAUCUCCAUCAAACAUAACUGAAUCAGGUAGAAAAAUCCUUUUGAUGGAUCCAUCAACCCCAGGAAGUUUAGGAAUAGCUAUUUCUGAAGCUGUGGAGGUUGCAGCUAUGAAUGCCGACACUAAAUACUGUCUGGGAAGUGUUCUCAAUCAUGUUUUGCUCCACCAAACUGUAAUUGGUGAAGAGUGCCUGAAACAAAUGGAAGCAAUAGGUGAGACCCCAGACUUGAUUAUCGGGUGCACUGGUGGUGGAUCCAACUUUGCAGGGCUCAGUUUCCCAUUCAUUAGAGAGAAGCUCAAUGGAAACAUGAGCCCUGUAAUAAGAGCAGUUGAGCCUACUGCUUGUCCUUCUUUAACUAAAGGUGUAUACAGAUACGAUUAUGGUGACACAGCGGGGAUGACUCCACUAAUGAAGAUGCAUACACUUGGGCAUGACUUCAUUCCUGACCCAAUUCAUGCCGGAGGAUUGCGGUAUCAUGGUAUGGCUCCACUGAUUUCACAUGUCUAUGAACUCGGUUUCUUGGAAGCACUAUCAAUUCCCCAGACUGAGUGCUUCAGAGGUGCUAUACAAUUUGCUAGGUCCGAAGGAUUGAUUCCGGCGCCAGAGCCAACCCAUGCCAUAGCUGCCACCAUUAGGGAGGCUCUGAAGUGUAAAGAGACUGGAGAAGCUAAAGUUAUUCUCACCGCAAUGUGUGGGCAUGGCCAUUUCGAUUUGCCAGCUUACGACAAUUAUCUGCAAGGAAAUCUGGUCGACCUGUCCUUUGAGGAUGAGAAGCUACAAACAGCAUUGAGUAGUGUUCCUAAUUUAAGAGGCUGAGGACAGUAACAAUGCUGCAUUGGAUUUGGAUAAACUUGAUAGGCUGUAGACUUCAGAACUAUAGAGUUUAUGAGUUUGUUCAACAUGACAAAUAAUUAGUAA